AUGUUCAUGCAGUCUAAUCUCUGUUGUGACGGGUAUAUUAAAUUGCAAGCAUGCAUACACAAAGUGCCUGUUAGUUCAAGUGAACGUGGGUCACAAUGGCCAGAAAAGUGGCCAGCUAGACUGACCAAAGUACCAUAUUGGUUGUCAAGUUCCCAAGUUGGAGUUUAUGGAAAGCCGACCCCUGAAGAUUUUGCUGCUGAUGAUAAACACUGGAAAAAUGUAGUGUCCAAGUCUUAUCUAAAUGGGAUAGGAAUUCAGUGGUCAAAUGUGCGGAAUGUCAUGGAUAUGAAUUCUAUCUAUGGAGGAUUUGCUGCAGCUUUGAAAGAUUUGAAAAUUUGGGUCAUGAAUGUAGUGUCAAUAGAAUCCGCAGAUACCCUUCCCAUUAUUUAUGAACGCGGGCUUUUUGGUAUAUAUCAUGAUUGGUGCGAAUUAUUUAGCACCUAUCCCAGAUUGUACGAUCUCCUUCAUGCAGAUCAUUUGUUUUCGAAGGUUAAGAAAAGGUGA